UUCGUUCCCCUCCGCACAUAUGGUCUCUAAUAAGAAUUGAAAAAUCAGCAAUUGCAUUCAUUGGAAGACUUCAGGGAAGACCAGCAGAUGUGACAUUUGACAAAUGACAAAUCCCUUCACCGCACUAUUUAUGUGCCUCUUGUUUCUAUAAUUUGCCAUGCUUAUUCUCUCUAUAAAUUAAGGCUUGUAGCACUCCUGCCUUUCCAAGAAAAAGAAGAAGAAAAGAAAUAGGCGCGGUGCUGCGUUUAGGCUUCACACCAAUGGCUAUGGUUCGGCGGAUGCUACUGCUCUUUCUUGCAGUGCUCCCCGCACUAGCCACCUCCGGCGCACACGGUGAUGGUAACCUCACUGUCCUAUGCCAUUCAGAUGAAGCAGCAACCCUUCUCCAACUAAAGAAAUCCUUCUUAUUCUCUAAAGCCACCACCAGCCUUCCAUCUUGGCAAGACGGCACCAACUGUUGUCGUUGGGAAGGUGUUGGCUGCGGUGGCUCCACUGGUCGUGUCACGAACCUCAACCUCAAUGGUCGUGGCUUGAUCAGCCCAGGUCUUGAUCCUGUGAUCUUUAAUCUCGCCUCCCUCCGAUUUCUCGACCUUAGCAGGAAUGACUUUAGCGGAAAGUCCACGAUAAGUGGAUUUAGCGGCUAUAGCAUGCCCACUGUUGGACUUGAGAGACUUACUUUUCUCUCCCACCUCAACCUCUCCAAAUCAGGAUUUGAGGGUGAAAUCCCUAUUGCCAUCGGCAAACUUGAGAAUCUUGUCUCCUUGGAUCUUUCUAUUGACGUGGAAGAUGACUUCCUACUGAUCAACUCGUCAUGGAUAUCUGAUUUUCAAGGCCUAGUGGGGAACCUCCGCAAUCUGAGAGAGCUCUACCUUGAUGGUGUGGAUAUGUCUGGUAGCGGAGAAGGGUGGUGUUACACUCUAGUUAAAUCUACUCCUUGUCUUCAGGUUCUUAGCUUGGGGGAGUGUUAUCUCUACGGUCCGAUCCACCAAUCCCUUUUGAACCUCAGCUCUCUAACUGUGAUCAAUCUCCAAAGCAACAGUGAUAUCUUUGCUGGACGGUUUCCAGAGUUCUUCAUGGAUUUUGUCAAUUUAACUGUGCUUCAAGUUUAUGAUAAUAAUCUUGAGGGAUGGUUCCCUCCUAGGAGCUUCCAGUCGAAAAGACUAAGGUUCCUUGAUUUGUCUGGCAAUACAGCCCUUUCCGGGAGUUUGCCGAACUUUUAUGAUGCAAGGUCUUUACAUUCUUUGAUACUAUAUGAGACCAACUUUUCAUUUUCUAAACCAAGCUCUUUCAGCAAUUUCUUGUCAUUGCAAGAGUUAGCUCUCGAUGCAAAAUAUAUUUCUGCUGAGUUUCGCUCUUCACUCAAUAUGCUUCCCUCUUUGAGCGUAUUGUUGCUCAGUGGGUUUGGCUUUCAGGAGAGUUAGAAUCAACAUUUUCAUGGAUUGGGGACCUGAAGAACUUGGCAGGCUUGGUACUUUUGGAAUGGGGCCUCUCUAGCACAAAAUCGUCCUCCAUUAGCAACUUCAACAACUUGAGAAGAUUGAGUAUUUUCACCUGCAACCUCACUAUGCCAAUACUAUCUGCAGUUGGUAAUCUCAUGGACUUGCAAAGCUUGGUUAUAUAUGGCUGUGGACUAAAUGGCCCGAUGCCAUCUUCAAUUGGCAACCUCACAAAUUUAAGAACAUUGGAUAUCUCUUAUUGUGAUUUUAUAGGGCCAAUUCCAAUUUCAAUUGGCAAUCUCGUGAAUUUGAGAAGCCUGAGCCUAGAUUCUUUUCGCUUUUCUGGGCCAAUGCCCUCUGAAAUGGGCAACAUCACGAAUUUAAGAAGU